UUUGAUUGUCAUUGUCUGUUCUGUUUGGUUUGUCUUUGUGUCAGUGACCAGUGUUUUGUUCAAUAUUCUGUGGCAUCGCGGUUUUCCCGUGUGGUGUGAAAAAAUUGUUAACGCUAAUUCAAAGCGCAGUUGUUUGCCAGCUUCGUAACUGAAGACAUCAUUCUAAAUUCUUAUUGUUGAAGCAUUAAGUGAAUCGAUCACAAUGUUGGACGGUGAUGUUCAAGACAAUGGAAGUGUUGAAACUGAACAAAGGCCCAACGGUGGCGGCGAUGAAGGCGACGCGCAGGGCAGUCACGACUCUUCGCAUGCUCGCCGCUUUGCAAGGAUGCCCGUUGACAGAAACGCUCCCUAUUACAACAUGAACCACAAGUAUCGUGGAAUGGCCAUCAUCUUCAACCACGAACAUUUCGACAUUCACAGCCUAAAGUCUCGUACCGGCACCAAUGUGGACAGUGACAAUCUCGCUAAAGUCCUUAAAGGUUUAGGAUUUCGUGUAACAGCACUGAACAACUUGAAAUCUGAAGAAGUCAUCAGAUAUGUCCAGGAAACAGCAGAAAUGGACCACAGUGACUUUGAUUGCCUCCUUAUUGCUGUGUUAACUCACGGCGAGUUGGGAAUGUUGUAUGCUAAAGAUACUCAUUACAAGCCAGAAAACUUGUGGUACUAUUUCACAGGAGACAAAUGUCCAACUCUUGCAGGAAAACCAAAGCUUUUCUUUAUUCAAGCUUGUCAAGGUGAUAAAUUGGAUGGUGGUAUUACUCUCAGUCGCACUGAAACUGAUGGAUCAUCGUCUGCAUCAUACAAAAUCCCAGUACAUGCUGACUUCUUGAUUGUAUUUUCUACUGUGCCUGGGUACUAUUCAUGGAGGAACACUACUCGGGGCUCCUGGUUCAUGCAGGCCUUGUGUGAAGAGCUACGCUAUGCUGGCACUGAGAGAGAUAUCCUAACAUUGUUAACCUUUGUCUGUCAAAGAGUUGCUUUAGACUAUGAGUCUAAUACUCCAGACCUGAUGCCUAUGCAUCAGCAGAAGCAGGUUCCUUGCAUCACCAGCAUGCUUACUCGCUUGCUUGUGUUUGGUAGGAAGUAAUACCACCGAUAUUUUGUGUUGUUGAUCUUGUACCUGUUAGGUAUUCAAAUGUCUUGAUAGCUUUAGUUAUAAAAUUUAAAAAUAUUCGAAUCUUCCUACUUAUCCAGUUAAAUAUAACGUUCAAUGGCUGUUGGAAGUAAUAUUCUACAGGUAGAAGAUGAAUUUUAAAUUAAUUGUGAGGAUAAAGGUCUCUUUGUAUCUCUCUUUUGCAUUUCUUGUUCUAUUUUAUUUAGUAUAUAUCUUUUGUAUCCAAAUGAAGUAUGGUGGUUAGUGUUUAGACAACAAUGCCAUGUCACAAAAUAUAUAAGUAGAUAUAUGUAUUUUGUGCUAGUUAUUUAAGUCUAGAAAAUUACAUAAAAAUGUGAUUAAUCAAAAAUGUGAUGAACAGCAUUCAAAAUUAUAAUUUUGGUCUCAUAAAUGUGCUCAAAUUAUUGUAAAUGAUGUAAUCAUAAUGCCAUUUCUUUAAAUACGUAUUAUCUGUAUUGCAUGUGUUUAUUGCACAACAAUAUCUGAGAUUAAUUAAAGUACUUAAUAUAAGUUUAUAUUGGUAAAUAUGUAGUAAGGGCUGCCCCUGGACCUACAAUAACGUUGUAGAAUUUGCAAAAAUAUAUAAAUAUUGUGCAAUUUAAAUUUGGUUGCCAAAAUCUUUGCAUAAUCUUCAAUAUUAACUGUACACAGUGAAUAAAUUUGCAGAAUAUGUUAUUUCACAAUCUAAAUGAUGGUCUAGGAAGCGCCCAACAAAGGAACAAAAGCGAUCAAUUUCCAUAGUACAUAUCAAUGUAAUGUGAACAACUAUUUUCUUAUCUGAAACUAUUUUAGCUUUGUCUUACAAUAAUUAUUUAAUAUUAAUGAUGUCAAAUAAAAAUGUAUUGUUUGCUACAGAUCUGAUUACAACAGUUACCUGCAUUUUGUUAUGUUUUGAGUUAUCUGCAUUAUUCCUUACUGUAGGUCUGUUCCUACUUAAGACAUUUCCUUUUUAGUAAGAGCAUUUAUUGUUGUAUUAGUUUAUAAUAGCACAAAAAACUAUUUGCUGCCAAUUUUAUUAUGUUAGUUUCGUUUUGUAAUUUUUUUAUUCUUUGUGGAUGUGUGCUCGAAUGGAAAUGCCUAAUAUCGCAUCAUAAUAAAUUUUAUCAGUAUGUUUAAGUAUUAACUUUAAUUGCAUAAAUAAAGUUUGAUGUUAAAUUUCAGAGUUAAGUAUGUGAUAGAGGCAUCUUUGACUGAUUAUCUCUAGUGUGAAGAAAAUUCUGAGUAUCUAUGAGGAGUUAUAGCCAAGAAUUUAUAUGUAUUAGUAAUAAAUUAUGUUUUAAGUAUGGUAUAUACAUACAUAUGUAUUAAAAUUGUGCCUUGUUCAUCUUUAAAAAAUAUUCUUGAUACACUUUGUUUAUGAUAGUCCAUUUUAUUAUUAGAACUGAGAAACUCCUCAUAGAAUUUUGAUGCAAUGAAAUGUCUGGUUUGUAUUUUUUAUAAAUGCUUAUAUUUCGUAAAUUAUAAGCAAUAAAUCUCUUCCAUUCUAA